AUGAAGUGGAGCUCACCGUAUUACGCCUUCUUCGAGAAGCGUCCCCGCAUUGACGACUCACUGCCGGGGAAGCGUUGCUACGUCUUCACGUGUCUCAUGAAGGGAAAGGGUUGCAAGACGUCGGAAAAGCGUCGCUAUCUUCAGACGGGUGACUCGUCGUCUACGAGUGGGCUCAAGAAGCACGCCAUCUCGUGCUGGGGGCAGGAAGCAGUCGACAACCUCGUCGCCGCACAGCUCCCGGUUGACGAUGCGCGCCAGAAGCUAUUGAAGACGAAGCCGCGGAGCGGUGACAUCAGUGUCAUAUUCGAGCGCGCGGACGGUGCAAAGGGACCGGUGACGUACUCCAACCGGCAGCACACGAAUAUGGAAGUUCGGUGCGGAGUAACUUGUUGGCUUUUUUCAUGUAGUGUUUUGAUAGCGCGCUGGGUCGCAGAGUCGUCAAGGCCUUACAACAUCGUCAAAGAUCGCCAUCUGCUCACCCUGUUGAAGACCGGUCGUCCAAACUACCAAGUUCCAUCAGCAAGCACCGUGGCACGUGACGUCAAGGCCGUAUUUGCGGGAUCGAGAGCGACUGUGCGGAAGCUACUCCGGAACUACCCUGGACGUCUUAGCUUCUCAACAGACUGCUGGACGGCACCGAACGGGCGGCCGUACAUGGCCGUUGUGGUCUAUUUCAUCCACAAGACGAAGCCAAUCAGCAUGUUGCUCGACGUCAUAGAGAUCGCAGAGGUACAUACCAUUUACUAUCGGUCACGCGGCACGCCGUCCCCGCAGCUAAUCAUCGUCACUGCGGCGCGACCGCGGCAGAGUCACACCGGUGCAACACUUGCUAGGGAGUUUGUCCGCAUCCUACGCGAGUUUGGAAUAGACGAAAAGGUGAGCAGUGGGUCCUCUCUCAACGACUAG